AUGACAUCCCUGAAAGAGUCGGCCGAAGCCUUCAUCAAAUCCUACGGGGCAACAAUAGCCAUUGGUCACACACUUAUGGAGGGCACCAGCGAGACUGAUACCGAUGCCCGGAUAGACGACUUCUGCAAACGCAUUGUGGCCUUCUUCCAUCCCAAAACCAUUCUGUUCGGCGUUCCCGGCGGCGCUGCGGUGUUCAACACCCGCGAAGAAGCCGCUGUCGCAAUCAAGGCAAACACGAAACGAUACGUCGAGCUUGGCUUGGGGUUCUGUGGGGAGCUCAAGAAGUACGAGGUGGUAGGGACGUUUGAUCUAGGUGGACAUGGGGCGUGCAUGCUUGAUGUCACGUGGAGAAUGAGGCCGCACACGGGGAGUGGGUUGGAGGACUACGACAUCCAUGCGGUCUAUGGAUAUAGGAAGCUGCAAAACGGGGAGGAGGGUUGGGAGCAUGGCUAUAUCGACGGGGAGAUGGAAGCGUUGUUGAAGAGAAGACCGGACUUUUUCGAGGGAAUGGGACCGCCACCAUGA